AUGGCAUCCAUUCGAUCUGGUCAGAUCUAUAAAUGCACCAAUGUCAAAGGGGGUACCACCAUGGACCUGUCUGGGGGCGAUAACAAAUCCAUUAUUGGAUACGGGUUUCACAGUGGACCUAAUCAGGCUUGGAUCUUUGACCAAGCAUCUGACAAUGGUUGGACGAUUAAAUCCGUCGGAUCGGGCAAAUAUCUUGGUAUCGAGGAAUCUCCCAGAGACGGAUUGCCUGUCGUCGCUGUGUCUGAACGUUUCGAAUGGUACAUAUUCCCAGAUGAGGAAGACAUGACAGUUUACCGAAUAUAUGUACCCAAUACACCUUUCAACCUCGAUCUAUCCGAUCACGGAAACCCCACGCCUGGUACCACGGUGACGUUGUGGGGUAAAUGGAAUGGGAGAAACCAGUGCUGGAGAAUUGAUCCAGUACAGCAGUGGUACGUCGCCUCUGAUCAUUCGGUAUGA